GACGAGAAGGGAGAACUAGUGAUCUUGACAGCGAAUCGUAAAACUAGCCUGCUGAGUCUAUCUAGACCAUUUCUUGGAGGCGGUGAAAUAAUUCGAUAAUUGUUUAGGUUCCGACCGGCGGUGUCGUGGUGGUGGUGGAGGUCCGAUCGCUUCGUAGCAUUUUGUAGUCUAGCGGUAUCCACGUAUCGCUCCAGCUAACUUCCAAGUAGAGGUGAUACCGUCUCAUUGAACGGCGAGAAGACUAGCGCUAUAGCCCAUCUGCAUGCGAUCAUCAACAGGUGGCAAGCAUGGACACCGAUUAUCAAUCAUACAAGAAGUAUGAAGCUAAGGAAAAGGAGAGAAAUGAAGAAGAGGAUCGCGUUGCUGAAAACAUUAACCUGUCCAUCAGGAACUGGCAUGACCUGAUUGACCGGGAGCACUUGAAGAAGUUUCUGACAUACAGUCAAAAAGUUCAGAUUUUCAUCGUUGUUCUGGUCGUUCUGGACUGCACAAUUGUCCUUACCGAGCUACUCAUUGAUCUGGGAAUUAUAGUGAAGAACCUGUGUGAGCAUGACAGCGAUUGCCCACUGCUGAGCAUCUCACCGAACGGAACGAUCAACACCACCGAGACAGAAGGAUACUACAAAUGUUUCAAGAACCUGGAGCAGACGAAAUGUGAAUUCCAUGAUGGAAAAAAGCGGUGCCUCUCAGAGGACAUCUCACCCGACAUUGACCCUGCGUACGUACUGCACAUCUUCGGUAUCGUAGUCCUGGCCCUCUUCUUGGUGGAGAUAAUACUCAAGCUGUACGCCCUUGGCCUGGAGUUCUUCCACCAUAAACUGGAGGUGUUUGAUGCGUUCAUUGUUAUCAUUUCCUUCUCCCUGGACGUAGCCGUCAGUGGCAACGAGGAUGCCUGGGAAGGUGUGGAGCUGCUCAUCUUGCUGCGACUCUGGCGUGUGGCACGCAUUGCUAACGGCGUCAUCAUAUCGGUCAAGAAGGAAGCUGAAAAGAAAGCCGAACACUUACAGGGAAAAGUGGAGGCGUUCCAGGAAGAAGUUCGAAAGCUCAAGGAGAAGCUUGCUAAAGCCAAGCUGAAGGGGUAUACUGCCGAUGAGGACAGCGACAACGAAGCCACCCCGAGCAGCGGCGGCGAAAGCCAAGCGCAGGACCUACACGUUCCCUACAAUGCGCCCGGUUUCGUUCCGGCAACCGACACAGCGGAAGCGUGAGGUGUUGUCGCUGGCUGAAGAUUUUAUAAUGACUAGACACGGAGAGUUGCUUGGGUGGGAUGGAAUAGCUUAGUUUAUUUUUCUUACUUGCUCACGUUAACAACAAAUUCAAGAGCAGCAUCUGGUUGUCUGAUUAUAGAACGGUGCCCUAGUCCCAUGGCCAGUGGUAAAAGUUACGGGGAAAUAUUUUGUGUGCGAACCGCUCACUUUUUGCGUGUUUGCAACUUUUUUGCUUGUCAAGAAAAUGUUCGUCCUUCUGAUCAUUGCAGAAUUUCCAUAGCAAUCACUUUACAUGUGCCGUGUAGUGGCUUUAACUUAGAGUUAUUAAGCUAAUGGUUUCCUCUGUUACGCACAGAGAACAUUACGAGCAAUGGUAAACAGCUGUCGUAUUCUUGCAUACAGGUUCUUUUUACGUCGUCCAUGAUAGUCGAUAGGGUACCGAACACAAUUCACUUGAACUCUCCGCAGGCUGUAGCUGUAUUGAUGCAGUCCAUGCAGGAGGUAAGCCAUGGCAACCACACACACACACUCAAAGCCAUGUAUCCAGCUACUUAGAGCGUCGUCAAUGGACGCACACCUUCGGAUGAUGUUUCACAAAACUGCUUUUCCAUUAGGCUUUAGAACAAUACCUUUUCACACCUUGUGAAUUUUGAAUUCAUUGCAAUCAUCUUUGAUACUCUGCCAACAGCUGAUUACUAUUGCUUAGCUAACAAAAAAUUAUAUAAUUAUAAUGGUUAUGUCUAAUACUAGUAAUACACGAGUUAC